GUGGUAAUAAUAGGAAAUGCAAUUCAAAACUCUGCAACAGAGUCUCGAUGCAAGAUCCCCACAGAGGACUGAAUGCAGCAACAGCAUGGGACUGGUUGCCGAAAUGAAGCUGAUCCUCAGAGCUGCGUUCCUUCUCUACAUUGGCUGGUGUUUCCCAGUCUCUUCAGAUUUCCCCAUCAUUGAUACAGAGACUCCGGUGCUUUUCCAAGGUGACAAGGCUGCUCAGUUUGGCUAUCGUGUUGUCCAGACAAGAGCAAACGGCAUACCCUGGUUGGUAGUGAGCGCCCCCUUGUCAGGCAACCGGACGGGGUCACUUUUCCGCUGCUCAUAUGAUACAGAGAAGUGCCAGCCAGUGGUUCUCCAUCACACCCCUGGAGUAUCUCUGGGUCUCUCGCUGGCUGCUGACGAAUCAUCUGAUUCCAAAAUAAUAGUAUGUGGUCCAACAUGGGAGCGUCGGUGUGGGGGGUUUGAUUAUCUGAACGGCAUCUGUUACAUCAUGAGCAAUUUUGACCAACAUUUCAAAGAGAUCCAUCCAGCUGUCCAAGAGUGCACCUCCGGUGUGGAUGCUGUGAUCUUGUAUGAUGACUCUGGGAGCAUUGGUGACCCUGCCUUCCGCACCAUGCAGAACUUCUUCCUUAAGCUAAUGCAUUCGGUGGCUGGGGUGGAUGUACAGUUUGCUGUGGUUCAGUACUCCUCCGAACCCUACCUAGUCUUUGAUUUUGCUUUCUAUAAUAAAACUGGAGGCCAGGUGAAGGACACCAUCCACAAUGCCCAACGCGCCCGAGGAAAUACUUACACCCCUACUGCCAUCCUCUUUGUGAUGGAUAAGGUCUUCACACCUGAACGUGGCAUGCGACCUCACAGCAAGAAGCUCCUCAUUGUCUUGACAGAUGGUGUAUCCAACGACAAGAACACCAAAUUUGAAGUAGCUACUGAGGCUGCAGAUAAAAAAGGCAUAAUCCGUUAUGCCAUUGGGGUUGGUCGCCAUACGAACCAAGCUGAGCUGCGCAAGAUUGCUUCAUCACCUAAUAAUGUUUUCCCUGUUGAGAGCUUUGAUGCACUCGAUAAUCUUCAGAACCAGCUGAAGGAGACAAUCUUUGCCAUUGAAGGGACCUCUGGAGCCUCUCCUGGCAUUUCAUUUCAGAAAGAACUUUCGCAAGGUGGAUUCAGCACUCUCCUCACCUCUGGACAUGUGGUGUCUGGAGCUGUUGGUUCUUACGGUUGGUCUGGGGGUCUGGAGGAAGAGUCUUUGGGAGACCCUCCCGAAAUCAAAUUCCUGAACAUGUCCAAUACUGCCUUCAAGGACUCGUACCUGGGCUAUGCAGUGGCUGUGGCUCGUCAUGGCCAGCAGCAGUUCUACGUAGCCGGAGCUCCACGAUACCAGCACAUUGGAAGGGUCAUGACCUUUGAAAGCCAGAGCAAGCGGUUAAUGGGGUUCAUUGGAGGGAAGCAGGUGGGCUCUUACUAUGGGGCUGAGCUCUGCUCUGUUGACCUAAAUGGAGAUGGAAAUACUGACCUCAUUCUGAUCGGGGCUCCUCUUUACUACAAUGGGACUCAAGGUGGGCUUGUUGACGUCUGCUCCAUCAGUAACAUGGGCCGCCUUGUUCACCUACAAACACUUCAGGGGGCUCCUGACAACAGAUUUGGCCGUUUUGGGGCAGCCUUGUCUACUUUAGGGGACGUGAAUGGGGAUGGCCUUGCAGAUGUGGCGAUAGGAGCCCCUAUGGAGGAUGAAGAUCGUGGGGCCAUUUACAUCUUCCUGGGAGAAGCGGGCAGGCUGAGGGGACUGCAUAGCCAGCGGAUUGCUGCCAAAUCUCUCCCCUCCAUGCUCCAUUCUUUUGGACAGUCUAUCCAGGGAAGGAUGGAUCUGAGUGGGGAUGAACUGACUGAUCUAGCUGUUGGGGCGCUAGGAAGCGCAGUGCUGCUUCGAUCUCGGCCUGUAUUUACUGUCAUCUCUUCGCUGAGUUUCUCACAUCGCUGGAUCCCCCUGGAUGACCCUAACUGUGGAAGUGGGAAGGUUUCCGGAAUAGCCCCACGUGGGAGUCUCAGUCUUUGCUUCACCCUGAAACUCAUCAGCACAAAAUGGAACCGUGGUGUUCUGCAAGCUACAAUCUCAUUUACUCUCCAGUCUGAUGCUGCCCAGCCUCUGCCACGAUUGACACUAGGAAAUGAGACUUCCAGCAUCUCAGAAACCAUCCGUGUUGGAACUAUGCCAAUCUGUGUCAGAAAGACCCUCUAUGCUCCACUCUGCCUGGAUGACUCCUUCUCCCCACUUGUGCUUUGGGCAGAUUUCCUAGUUCAGGGAGAACCAGAUGCCUCUUCCAGGAGCCUACACCCUAUCCUUGACCCUGGAACUAAUUUGUCCACCCAGAUCCAGAUUCCCUUCAGACAAGACUGUGGCCUUGAUGACAUUUGUGUGUCUGAUCUUCGGGUUUCCUUCAACUUUUCAGGGUCGAAAGGUCUUAAACUGAGUCCAAAUUUCAUACUGAACUUAACACUGAAACUUGAAAAUGUGGGCGAGGCGGCGUACAAACCAGGCCUUUCAUUUUACUACUCUCCUGUUUUGUCCUUCCGGGGGGUUUCGGUUCUUCAGUCUAACUGGCGCCUGUCUCCGACAUGUGAAAUGCAUGGAUCUCAUGGAAAUACAUCCAUCAGGCACAGCUCCUGCCGCUUCAGCCCACCGGCCCUCAAGGGAGGCAUCCAGGCCUUCCUCCAGCUUUCCUUCCGCUCCUCGAGAGGAGACUCCUGGAAUGACAAGUUUGUCCACUUCACCAUCCAAGCACACAGUCAGAACGAGAAUGUCACGCUGAGUGACAAUGAAGCCACAGACCAGCUACCUGUGCUGCGCCCAGUCAACAUCAUUGUGAAGGGGCUUGACUCCACUACGUACCUCAGUUUCUCCACAAAGAACCCCGAGAAGAAGAUACUUACGCAUACUUAUGAGGUCAGAAAUUUGGGCUCAACCCCCACUCCAGUCAAGGUUAUCUUUGCACUCCCCUUAAACACUGAACUGGGGUUCGUCUGGAAUGUGACCCCAACCCACAGUGAUGUGAUGAAGCAGUUCUCAUGUGUGCCGCUGUUCAUCCUCAGAACAGGAAUCAAGACCAAGGACCUCAAAGCACCCACCACAAGAGGGUGCCUGGGGGCCACAGUCUGCUCCAAAAUUCAGUGCCUAAUUGCCAAUCUCUCUCAAGGAGAGUGGGUCAAGUUCAUUUUUUCGGGGGAUUUUUACAGGCAAGACAACACUGUGAAGCUGACGUCCCAGAACCUCCAUAUUCGCAGCGAGGCAUCUGUGGUUGUUGAUGAGACCAGGUUUUUCCUGAGUCAACCAGAGGAUUUUCAUUUCAGCCAGAUCGUCACCGAACUUGAGCUAAUUUCACAAUUGGAUCUCAUCCCCAUCAUUGUGGGCAGCACUGUUGGAGGCAUCCUGCUCUUAGCCAUUCUAGUGGCUGUCAUGUUUAAGUUUGGAUUCUUCAAACGCAACCAACUGCCCCAAACAAGUGAAACUGCAGCAGGACCAGCUGUGCCCAGUGAGCAACCUUCUCAGACAACCAACUAGCUUACAAGGGAGAAAGGGACUGUGGAUCUCUGGGAGGCAGGACCUACGGAUUCCCUGGGGAAGGCAUGGGAUUGGGAAAAGAGAGGAAGAGGCUGGGAGCUGGAUAGGAGCCUAAACUUAAGAAAAUACAUGUUGGGACUGAAAAGCCAAAGUCUGGCUCACUGUGUGGUAGCAACUUUGGCUGCUUCCAGACAGGUGGGUCCGGAGCUUAGGACUAAUAAAUUGUUGCUCUCCGUUGUAAGCUACAAGAGAAAUUGUGACUGGAUUUCCACACUAAUGGGGUUCUUGUGCUUUUUCUGUAUGUUCAUCUCACUAUGUUCUAUGCAUGCUAGUGAGUUUGAUGUAGCUACUCUGGGCUGGGGAAGGGAGAGGUCCAAUUCACCGGAGAGGCCAUUUGAAAAAAGGAAGUUCUGAGGGCUCCUUAAAAAAAUA